AGCGUGAGAAUGUAAACAAACCGACCAGGUGGCAACGCCGCAACUCAGUUAAUUCGCAUAAAUAAUUGGCAAUUCUUAUCUAUUUAAGUAAAUAAUCGUAGUGAUAAACAAUAAGUAGAGCUCACAAAAAACAAUGGCAGAUCGGGCUAUCAAGCUGCUGGUGAUCGGGGAGAGCGGCGUGGGCAAGUCCAGUUUGAUCCGUCGCUUCGUGGAGAACAAGUUCGACGAGAACCAUGACGUCACGAUCGGCAUGGACUUCAAGAGCAAGGUGAUGAACGUGGACGGCAUCGACUACAAAGUGGCCCUGUGGGACACGGCGGGCGCCGAGAGAUUCCGCAGCCUGACGCCCAGCUUCUACAGAAAGGCCCUGGGCGCCAUUCUGGUGUAUGACAUCACCAACCGCGACUCCCUGGUCAAGCUGGAGGCCUGGCUGGCCGAACUGGACAGCUACAGCGACAACCCGAACAUAGCCAUCAUUGUGGUGGGCAACAAGAUCGACCAGGAGCGAGUGGUGGACCGGGAGGAGGGUCGCAAGUUCGCCCGCAAGCACAGAGCCCUCUUCAUCGAGACCUCGGCCAAAUGCGAUCAGUUCGUCAGCGAUGUGUUCAAGGAUAUUGUGGAGAAGAUCGUCUCCUCCGAGUACUUCAACAAUGGCAACAGCUCCGGCGGUGUGGACAUCGCCAGCAAUCGGGAUCUGGAGGAGAGCGCUUCCACGUGUUACUGUUGAUAUUCGGCUGUUGUGCGGCCUGCUUUUGUCAAAUUUAAAAAACCGUGUAUUUAUUUAAUUGUUUCAAUAUCACUAGCAUAAAAUCAACCUCAACGUUCAA